AUGUUGUUUGCUAAAACUGCAUUUGCUGUAUUCGCAGCCUCGGUGACCUCGGUUGUAGCAAGCGGCAACCAAGUCGCGUUAUACUGGGGCCAAAAUGGUGCUGGUGGUGAAGAAAGAUUGUCGUACUAUUGUCAAGAUGCUGGAGUCGACAUUGUCUUGUUAGCAUUCUUGGAUGGCAAUUCGGGUUCUCCCAAUCUCAGCUUCCGCAACCAGUGCGGCGACCAAUAUCCUUCUGGUUUGUUGCACUGUUCGCAAAUCGGAGAAGAUAUCAAGACCUGUCAAGCCUCGGGCACGAAAGUCCUUUUGUCAGUCCGUGGUGAUGUUCUUGCUCCUGACUCCGCGUCUGCUACAGAUAUUCUUGAUUUUGCCGACGUCUUGUGGAACAAGUUUGGUGCCGGCACUGAAGACAGUGAGAGGCCGUUCGAUGAUGCUGUUGUCGAUGGAUUCGACUUUAGUGGUGAAUUAGGUUCCGACGUUGGAUACCCCGAGCUUGCCCAAGCAUUGCGUUCAAAAUUCAGGAGGCAAAGUGCAAAGAGCUACUACUUGUCAGCAUCACCACAAUGUCCUUACCCCGACUCCAAAGUUGGAGCAUUGAUGGCUCAGGAACAACUUGAUUAUGCAUUCAUCCAGUUUUACAACAAUUAUUGUUCAGCCAAUGGUGACUUUAAUUAUGACACUUGGGCAGAAUAUGCAGCUGGUGCCCCUAACCCAAACAUUGAAUUGUUUGUUGGUUUGCCAAGUACAGGCAAUAUUGAUGGAUAUGUUGACGCUGACAAGGUCGGUGAGAUUGUUCAAGAAAUCAGCUGCAAUCCUAACUUUGCAGGUAUUUCAUUAUGGGACGCCUCUGGAGCUUGGUUAAAUGUCAACAAUGAGGGUCAGAAUUUCGUUGCUCAAGUCAAAGAUCAGUUGAAUCAACACAGCUGCCUGGCUACUACUACCUCCACUGUUAAUGAAACUAGUGAGUCAGCCAAUGAGACCAGCGAGGUUCCUCCAGUGGAUGAAACCAGUGAGUCAGCCAAUGAGACCAGCGAGGUUCCUCCAGUGGAUGAAACCAGUGAAAACGACACUCAAACCACCACUGACGCCACCACCGCCAACACCACAACCACCAACGCUGCUGCUAACGAGACUUCAGACGAACCGGAAAGUCAAGCUACCGUCACUGCCACCACCGACGCUGUUGACGAGACAUCAGAAGACUCAGAAACUCAAGUCACCACUGUUGCUCCUGGACAACUGUCAAUAUUCAAAAGUGUCUGCGUCCCAGUUUCAUCAGUAUAUUCAAAUUCUGAAUCACACGAUGCCUUAUCUUUAACAUCACUUGCACCUGGCGCAGUAAACGGCGCAAGCGGCGCAAGCGGCACAAUAACAGCAGUCGGCACAACCGUCAUUACAAUCACUUCAUGUUCCAACAACGUCUGCACCCACGUACCAGUGACCACGGGCGUUGUCACCGUGACACAAUUGGAUACCACAUACACUACCUUCUGUCCAUUGACCUCCGAGGUUUCAACUUUAACAGCAGAAGCAGCAGACCAAAGCCAGAUGUCAACAAUAGUCAAAACUACAGUCGUGACAAUCAACACGUGUGAUUCGUCCUCCUCAACGGUGGACUCUGCUGCUGCCUCCUCCCCCUCCUCCUCGGCUCCAGCUCCCGGUGGAGAAAGUUCAGACAGCGAGGUAAAUGCAUCUUCUUUAGUAUCUUUCGUGCCAGUCGCCCAGCAGCUGAAUGAAGCUGGAUAUGGAGUUGAAGUUGAAGCUAUACCUGAUGGAGCCUCAGUUUUGGUUUCUGGUGUCGCUGCUAGUUUGAUUGCCGCAUUGAUCGCUAUGGUUUUAGUUUAA